AUGACGAAAUACAUAUCGGCCCGGAUAUGGAUUUUAAGCAUUCAUAUUACUCUCGGAAGCUUUUUAACUGGCUUCAAUCAAGGCGUUUUUAAUACCUGUCAGGAAAAUGUUGCUUCUACGCUUAAUUGAGGUGAUAAUAAGAAUCUUUGAAUAGCUUUGUUUUCUGCUAUGAAUCCAUUUGGUUCUAUAUUUGGAGGACUUUUGGCUGGGCCUAUAGCAAGCAAUUACGGAAGACGGGGAGCAAUAAUUUUUUUUUCUAUAGUUGCAAUAAUCGGCUGUCUCAUUACAAUUAUUCCUACGACCCCAACAUUUGGAAUUGGGAGAUUUAUAUCUGGCAUAAUCUCUGGAGCUUUUUUGACAAUUCCUCCACUCUACAUAAGUGAAAUUUCUCCACCAGAUAUGAGCGGAAAGGUUGGCUGUUUAUGUCAAACAAAUUUUGCGUUAGGAAUCGCUACAUCUUUUGCAUUGGGGCUGCCGCUGCCCACAGGAGAUUAUAGUAAUAACUCCUUUAAUUAUUGAUGAAUGUUUAUGUUUGGCUUUCAACUUAUAAUUGAGGCAUACCUUAUAUUUGUAUUUUUAUUUGUAUAUAAACAUGAUAUACUUUUUUGUUUUAAAUAGCCUUGACGUCAAAUUAUUUUUUAGAAAGAGUAAUUUAAAGAAAGUAGCAUACACCUUAUUGGCUUAUAGAAAAGAAGAGAGAAAAUGAAGCAAUGACUGCUUUGAAAUAUGUAUAUACAGAGGAAGGGAUAGAUGAAGUUGCAAAGUGUUUAUUUGUAGAUAAAGAAUUAAAAUCAGAGUCUGAGGCAAGCUUGCUGAAUAAAACUGAAGUAACCCCGAGCUAUAAAGAAUUGAUAUAUAAUAGAAGAUAUUAUAAAAUGUUGAGGCUUGGAUGCAUGAUGACAUUGCUUCUCCCGUGGACAGGAGCUGCUUCAAUUGUAUUUUACUCAACUUUUUUAUUUGAUAAAAUAGGAGGCGGCACUUUUAUGCCAAGGAUAUAUACGCUAAUUAUAGGAGUCGUUAAUUGACUAUGCGUUUUGCUAUCUUUGCCUUUUAUAGACAAAUGGGGUAGAAAGCCUAUGAUGAAGCUCGGAGUGUCAGGAAUAAUAAUUGAUCUUGUCUUGUUAGGAAUAUUUUCGGGAAUUGAUAGUUUGAGCAUUGUUCUCCCAGUCAUUUUUACCAUUAUUUUCUUGGUAUUAUGAGCAUUUUCUGCAGGUCCGAUACUAUGAUUAUAUUGUGGGGAAGUCAUGAAUGAUAAAGGAAUAAGCAUUGCUAUUUCUGUGUGCACUGCGAGUAUAUUAAUCCUCGUUCUAACAUUUCCUUAUAUGGUUACAUCAUUGAGUGCAUCAGUUACAUUUUUUAUAUAUGCUGGGAUUACUGUAGGCACCUUGAUUUAUAUUUGGAUUGAUAUGAUAGAAACUAAGGGAUUAACAAAGCAGCAAAUUAUUAAAUUAGUUGUUAAAGAUAAUCAAAUAAAAUAA